AUGCCAGUCAAGUCUCGGUUCACGCGUCUGGACGCUUUUACCAAGACGGUCGAAGAUGCACGGGUGCGCACGACCUCAGGCGGCAUCGUCACUCUCUCGUCUCUGCUCCUGAUCAUGUGGCUCGUAUGGGGAGAAUAUGCAGACUACCGCAGGGUCGUGGUACACCCUGAGCUUAUCGUCGACAAGGGCAGAGGAGAAAAGAUGGAGAUUCACAUGAACAUAUCGUUCCCUAGAGUGCCGUGCGAGCUCCUCACGCUCGACGUCAUGGAUGUGUCAGGAGAGAUCCAGACUGGCGUCAUGCAUGGAGUCAACAAGGUCAGACUUGCACCUGAGUCUGAUGGCGGCCAUGCCAUUGAGAGCAAGGCACUUGACCUUCAUAACGAUGACCCUGCCACCCACCUGGAUCCUGACUACUGUGGAGAAUGCUAUGGUGCACCAGCCCCUGCAAACGCACAGAAGGCUGGCUGUUGCAACACCUGUGCUGAAGUCCGCGACGCUUAUGCGAGCGUCUCUUGGUCCUUUGGAAGAGGAGAGAACGUUGAGCAAUGUACACGCGAGCACUACUCGGAACACCUCGACGAGCAGCGUAGAGAGGGCUGUCGUAUCGAAGGUGGAAUCCGUGUCAACAAGGUCGUUGGCAACUUCCACUUCGCUCCUGGCAAAUCAUUCAGCAACGGCAAUAUGCACGUCCACGAUCUCGAGAACUACUGGGCUGGAGCCAACAACAUUGAACACACCUUCACCCAUAAGAUUCACCACCUUCGUUUCGGCCCCCAACUGUCUGACGACAUUGUUAGCAGGAUUGGCAAGAAGGGCAUGGCUUGGACCAACCACCAUGUGAACCCGCUAGACGACACCGAGCACAAGACAGACGAAAAGGCCUACAACUUCAUGUACUUUGUCAAGGUGGUUUCGACUGCCUACCUACCUCUCGGUUGGGAGAGAAAGGGCUCGAUCCUUGAUCUACCCCACGAGCUCGUCGAGCUGGGAAGUUAUGGUCACGGUGAAGCUGGCAGUAUUGAAACACAUCAGUACAGUGUAACAAGCCAUAAGAGAAGCUUGGCAGGUGGUGAUGAUCGUCAGGAGGGCCACAAGGAGAGAUUACACGCAAGAGGCGGUAUCCCUGGUGUCUUCUUCUCCUACGACAUUUCACCCAUGAAGGUCAUCAAUCGUGAAGCACGAAGCAAGAGCUUCUCGGGCUUCCUUGUCGGCGUUUGCGCCGUCAUUGGUGGUACACUCACAGUAGCGGCUGCCAUUGACAGAAUGUUGUACGAAGGUGCACAGCGGGUCAAGAAGCUGCAUACAGGAUAG